UCCUUCAUUAAGACUGAAUGUGUCAAUGAAUAGUCAAAGAAUAUAUCAUUGAAAAAAAAAAUUAAGACUUUUAAGAUUAUGAAAAGUUUCCUUCAGUUGCCACUUAAGUUUUGUUACGAUUGUUUUGUUCCCGCCCUUUUUUUUUUACAAAUACUAAUGAGUUAAAGAGCAAAUGUGAAUGAGGUUACGAUCUACCUUUAAUAAAUCCAUAGAUAUAGUCCUUAUAAUCCAUUGAAAUAUAUCAAAAAGUUUCCAUUCAAAAUUAAAAAAUGAGUUUAUUCUAUGAUCAAAUAUAUUAGUGAAAUUAUCUCACGGAGACGGUUCUAUAAAGGGUGGCUGCGAUCUCCUGUCUCGAUUUGAAUAAUACGUUUUUCUUUAACAAAAUACGCAAUUCAAAAUUUUUCUUUUUAACGAAAUACAGAAUGGUUUUUGAUUGACCCCGCUAGCUUAUAUAAUAAGAAAGUUAUAGGCAUGGUAAUGUGCUUCACGAAAAAGAAAAAUCAACGGUAAAUUGAAUCUUGGUAUUUUUGCUUGCACUCUUGUAUUUUAGAUCCCUUAGAGCGAAUUCUUUUUUUAAUAGACGCAUCUUGAAAUUCUCUACAAAAUCAUACCUAAACUUUUAUUUCAGAACUCCUAUCAAGAAAACUAAGUAAAUUAUAAACGAGCCGCAAAAAGAUGAAAACUUUGUAAAUUCGGAAUUUUUUGCGACUUGAACUUUUUCUUCUUCUAUUAUUUUCAUGAAAAGCUUAGAAAAAGUGAUAACUCAGUUUGUGUUUAAUACAUUUGAAUGCAUUCUUUCUCGUUUUCUCUAAAAAAAGAUUUUUUAGAGCACAUGAUGUGCCCGAGAAUGAAGUUUCAAAAGUUGAAAACCUCCAUUUCCAACAAUGUGCCCAAGUAAGAAACAGAAAACGUGAUCGAAGUUUGAUUUUGCAGUUAGACAGAGAAAAGCAAUCAUUUCAGAUUAAAACAGAACGAACCCGAUCGAAGAGUCUUUUGUUUUGAUGUAGUUGCGAAACUUUCAAUGAAAGAUCCAACAUACGAAGAAAGUUCAUAGUUAAUUUUUCUUUUUCGUAAAGCACAUUGCCAAGCCCAUAAUUUUCUUAUUAUAUGAGCUAUCGAAGUCAAUUAAAAACCAUUUUGUAAAGCGUCUUUUACUGCAUCUUUACGUUAAAAGAAAAAUUUUGAAUCGCGUAUUUUGUUAAAGAAAAACGUAUUAUUCAAAUCGAGACAGGACUUCGCGGCCACCCUUCAUGUGCUGAUCUAUAUGCACGAACUUUAUUCUGUAUAUAUAUAUCCAUAAUGAAAAAUAAACAAAACAUACAGAUGUAUAAGUAGAAUGAAAAGAAAAGAAAGUACUAAUAGAUAGAUCAAAGAAAAUGAAAAAGGACAGAGGAUGAUAUUAAAGACUGAUGAUGUCAACGUGCGACAUCAACGUACCAUAUGUUUUCCAUAAUCAACAGUUCUCGAUUAGGCAUAAUCAUUAAUCAUUGAUUUUUUAGCAUCAACAUUCAUCGAUAGCGGAGAAGAAAGUGAAGCGUAAGAAAAAGCAGCAUCAUCGAGUAAAAGAAAGCAAUGGUGACAUUCAGUACGACCAAACAAGAAUUAUAAUUCAUGAUGAAAUAGUGAAUGAUUCUCAACAAAAUGGAGAAGAAAAUGUUGAUGAACGACGAGGGACAAUAACAACAGAAGAUACCAAUGAGGCGACCGAUAACGUUACCUCAAGAAAUCGUGUGUAUGUUGAAACUGUCACAGAAGAAAUAAAUCCAACAAUUAAGAACGAUGUCAGCGAGUUUGAAAAAUCUCUUAGUCCUAUUUUGGGUUAUGCCGAAGAGCCUUUGCUGCCACUCGUCAAAGCAUGUGCUCCAUUAAACGACAUCCUUCACGAUUUAUCGAAGUAUGUUCAGCUGGCAUUAGACGAAACUCCAGAAGAACCACCUGAUGAUUUGACAAUUGACGAAAGUGCUGCAGUUCGACUCUAUACGAUUGAAUGGGAUAAACCACAUCGAAGUCUCUAUUCAAUGCUCAAUUAUACUUUGCAGACAGGUACUCGAGAAGAUGUUCGACCUUACUUCAAAUAUCUCAAACUAUUCUUAACUGCUGUGAUUAAACUGCCAUGCCUUUCACCAUUGACUGUCUGGCGAGGAGUAACCAAAAAUUUGAGUGCAGAAUUUCCACCUGGCACCUUAAUGACAUGGUGGCCAUUGUCAUCAUGCACAACAUCACUAACCGUGCUUGAAAACAGUAUGUAUUUGGGUAAUGCAGGUAAUCGAACGCUCUUUUCCGUCGAAGUCAUCAAUGGUCGAACAAUACGUGCUCAUUCACAUUUCGUCACCGAAGAUGAAGUUCUUCUUUUGCCUGGUACUUACAUGGAAGUUCAAUCGCAAGUGAGUCCAGCACCCGAUCUUUAUAUUAUUCAUUUGAAACAAUUAAUACCGGAGGAAAUCCUACUAGAACCACCUUUUGAAGGUGCACAUAUUUUUCCAAAAAUUCAGUAA